AUGGAGAGUUCACCAGGGACGAAAACGCCAACAGAGAGCACAAAAGAUGAAUUGAUGAACAUUGCUGAUACUACCCCAGAUCCUGUCCUUGUUAUUCUGUCUGAUUUAAGUAAAUGUAUAAAGCAGAAUCCAACACUAUUUAAUGAGAAUAUCCAAUAUUAUUCUGAUACCACUAGUUGUUUAAAGUACGUGAAGUCAAUAUCAGAUCGCAAAGUCUUAUGCGUUGUUCCAGAUACGUUUGCCAAACAAUUAUUACCGGAACUGGAUGGUCUCGAACAAAUUAACUCGGUAUAUGUACAAUGUUCUGACAAUGAUCAAAAUACAAAUAAUUGGACAGAUCAGUGCAAAAAAGCAGUUGAUAUACUGGAUGGGGACUUGUACUUUAAAGUUGCACAUGACUUUGGAAUUUUCUAUAGAAAUCAAGGAGCCAAAUGUAUGAAAGAUAAUCAGUUCGAACAAGCAGAGAAAAACUAUAAUCGUGCUUGUAAAUAUUAUUCGAUGCUUGAACAGGAUGCAGAUAAAAUUUAA